AUGGCAAUACUCUCCAUCAUUAUGAUGGUCGUAUGCUUCUUAAUGUACAACCGUUACCAGUCGUUUGCGGAUUUCUACAGCGGCGUCGAAGGUGGUGGGAUUGUAACGCCCGCGAUCAUGACCUUUGUGCUGGGAUUGCUCCUGCUGUUGGCUUCACUGUUUGGAUUUGUAGGUAUUUUCAAGGAGAGUACCUGUCUAGUCAAUACGUAUGCAUUCGUUUUGGCUACUUUACUGAUUCUGGAUUUGGUUGUGGUCAUUCUGUCGUUCACAGUAGAUAUUAUAUCCGUGAAGAACUCUUUGAAUAUACCUAUUCAACAAUAUGUUACGGACUCUAAGAUCGAAAGGGAAAUCGACCAGCUGCAAACGUCCCUAAACUGCUGUGGCAGCGAAUGGUACAUGGACUAUGAGGGAAUGGCGUUUACGGCUAAACACUCCACAUCUGUCUUCCCUGCGAGCAACUAUGAGCAGCAAAUUGUAGUGCCUGCGUCCUGCUGCAUCACAAACGGCCCGCUGUUUUGUAUUAACAGGAGGACUGAUGGGUGCCAGAUGCCAUUGAUCAACUUGUAUAUAGAUAUAUCUUCCGCCAUUAGAGCUUUGGGAAUUGUUUCUAUGGUUUUGAUGACAGGGGCUAUAAUGUCCGCAGUGGUGCUCGCUCGCAGGAUCCGGCGCGCCAAGACCGAGAGAGGCGUGAGAUCGUGGACCAUCAGAGAGCGGAUCAUUAUAGCGCGCCGGAACCAGACCUCGCCCGAGCCGCAGCCAACACACCAAGACGCUACAGCGACAGACGAUCUUGCGCCGCCUCCAUACAGUGCUACGUAA